GCAACAAUUUAUUCGGACCCCUAGCGCAGCGAGGAAAAUCCGAAAUACCUACAGCACUAAGACUGAUCAAACGUACAGGUAACAAUAAAUCUAUGACAUUAUGUAAAGACAUCUGUGAUAAGGUUAUAAUGUCUCAUAAGAAGCAAAUAGAUGUGUUGGAAGCCGAGGUGCACAACAUGUCAACGAUUUUAGACCAGUUGUUAUUGUCCAUAAAUGUACCCAAAUCGCCCACGUGUAUAGAAUCAAGGUCUGAUACAGCUGCUUCUAAGCCAAUUAACGCCACAGCACUCCACUCUACUCAAAAUAUAGCCAUGAAAUCAGUGAACUGCUCUGAUCGUAGCAAUACUCAAGUGACUAAUCCGCCUGAUAAACAUGAUACGGGGUCAAAAACUGGCGC